AUGGCAAGACUAAAUAACACGCUUAUUGUCUACAAACGUAAACCCUACAAACCGGUUCCGAGUUUGGUUGCCGCACACCGACGAAAUACGCUCGAGUCAAGGAAGGGGAAUGGAAUGGAGAUUGGCGGAGUUGCAAAGAAGGGCAAACAAGCUACUACACCGGGAGAGAAUUCUGUGCAAAAGCCCUCUGAAACAGCCAGUCAACUGAACAGCAUGGUUGGUCCGAGGGCACUGGUUGCGCAAAUGGUUGCGAGCACAGCGGAUGGAGAGGAAACCAAUAAGAGUUCGACAGUGCAAGUAAUGGCUGAACCCAAAGCUCAUGUAGAGGAAAGAGCGGAUGGCGAGGGAGAUGAUCAGAAGGACAAAAAAGAUAACGAAGCUGGAGGUCAGCACAAGCCUCAACAAGAAGUGGCACUUCCAAAUUCGUUGCAGUCUCGAGGACCAUCAACGCCGGCUAAGAAAGCAUUUGCGAAGAAGACUGCCGAGUUACAAAAUUCGCGACUUCGCCAAGAGAAAAGAACGCCGCUCAGUAGGAUGAAAAAGGCACAACAAUCAACUCCGUUCAAUAAAGCAGGAUCGACAGAGGAUGUAACAGCAAAAAGAGAUACUCCUCGCAGCGGAGGAAGUCGAAGAAAGCUGGCUGAUGCAAUGCUAACAACCGGUGAAGAAGCUGAAGUUGUAGCUUCAGCAAAGAAGCCAAAGCCUAGCAGCAAUCUAAGUAGCAAUCUAAAAGCUUCAGCCGAGGUACUCGCUCCUGUCGAACAAACCAAGGAACCCACUCCUGUAGCCGAACAACCAAGGGCACCUACUCCUGUAGUCGAACAAGCCAAAGGACUCACUUCUAUAGUCGAACAGGCCGAAGAUGAGAAUGUUUCAGAGGAAGAAAAUGUGACCGAGACUAUAGCUAAAAACUCUUAUCAACCGGUCGUAGUGCACCAAUCUCGGUUGGAUGGCGAGAAUAAUCAGCAAUGGCUUAUAGAGUGGAAAGGAUAUCCAAAACAAAAAGAUUGGACUUGGGAGUCAGUUGAGAUGUUGCGGGAGGAUUGCCCAGAAUGGGUCGAGGAAAAGGAGAAUGGUUCGUUAAAUGGAGACGCUGAUGUUCACGAAGUCGAGGCAAUUCUGGACAAGCGGAAGUUUAGGGGCAAGGUUCAAUACCGUGUGAAGUGGGAGGGUUGGGAAGCCAAUUACAAUACAUGGGAACCUGCGGAAAUGUUAGAAUAUGAUGUCCCGUACAUGGUGGAGGAUUUUGAAAAGGAGCUAAAGAAGACCGAGAAGAAACGAAGUGCAGGAGAAGCAGAUAUGGAUGCAGAGCUACCUGUGGCAAGGAAAAGAGGCCGACCUAGAAAGUGA